AUGCCCAGCGAGCCGCCGGCCGACGUCGCACCCGCCGCGCUGCUCACAGCGCUGCGCCGCGCCGCCGCCGCGCCCGCCAAGCCGCUCGUGCGCGGCACCGACUUCGACGUCGCCGCCGAUGCGCCGCUGCGCCUCACCUCGUGGCGCGUCGCCGAGUUUGCCUACCGCAAGGCUCAGCGCAUCGGCGUCGCGGCCGACGACGAGCUGCCGACGCUGGCGCGCGGGCUGUUCACCGCUGGAGGCGUGGCAGAGGGCGGGGCCGAGAGUGCGGCUGGUGGUGCAGGCGAUGGCGCAGGCGAUGGCAGCGCAGACGGGCCAGCACCGGCCGGGCCGGCACGCAUCGUCGUACGCGGCUACGACAAGUUCUUCAACGUCGGCGAGCUGCCGUGGACACGCCCCGAGGCGAUCGCGGCGCACAGCGCGCCGCCAUACGUGGCUACGUUCAAGGAGAACGGCUGCAUCAUCUUCAUCGCCGCAGUCGACGCGCGCUCGCUCGUCGUCUGCUCGAAGCACUCGCUCGGCGCACGCCCCGACACGGAGCGCAGCCACGCGCAGGUCGGCGAGGCGUGGCUGGCGCGCCACCUCGCCGCCGCCGGGCGCACGCGCGAGGCGCUCGCCGCCGAGCUGUAUGCGCGCAACAUGACGGCCGUCGCCGAGCUGUGCGACGACUCCUUCGAGGAGCACGUGCUGGCGUACUCGGCGGCACGCAGCGGCCUGCACCUGCACGGCCUGAACAGCAACACCGUCGCCUUCCGCACGGCGCCCGUCGAGGAUGUCGCCAAAUUCGCCGCCGCGUGGGGCUUCCUGCCGCCGCGCUGGCGCUCCUUUGCCGAUCUGCGCGCGCUGCAGGCCUUCACCGACGCCGUCGGCGAGACGGGCGCGUGGGAAGGCGAGGCCAUCGAGGGCUUCGUCGUGCGCACCAGGAUGCCCGCGGUCGACGCCGACAGGGCGCCGGCGGCCUCGAGCUCCACAGCACGCCCGCCGUACGGGCCCGGGCAGGACUGGUUCUUCAAGGUCAAGUACGAGGAGCCGUACCUGAUGUACCGCGACUGGCGCGAGCUCACGCGCACGACGCUUGCGGAGCACAAGGCGUGGAAGGAGCAAGUGCAGGCCGCACGCGAGCGCCAGCAGGCCCGCGCUGGCGCAGCCAAGGCCAGCGAGGCGCAGCGCGAAGCUGCGCCAGCCGUCAAGCCAGCAGAGCCAGCCCUGCCGCCUAAGAGUGCCGAGUCAGAAACGCCGCCGCAGCAGGCCGCGUCUGCCGAUGCACCGCCAGCCGAGAAGCUGAGCAAGAACGCGGCCAAAAAGCUGGCGAAGGCGGCGCACCGCGCAGACGAUGCCAAGCGCAAGGCGGCCGGCGAGAUCGCCAAGCCCGCAGCAGGCUCAGGAGCCGCACUGCCGCCGCCACCGCCGCCAGUCAAGCCGCGCUCCUCGCGGCCCGAGACAAAGGUGUACGUGCACUGGGUGCACGCGCGCGUGUACGGCUCGCCAGACGGGCGCGUCCGGCCGGAGCCCGCACUCUUUGCGCACUUCGACAGCGGGCGCGGCAUCAUUGCGCUGCGCGAGCGCUACCUCGAGUGGCUGCAGACCGAGGAGGGCCGGCAGGAGCUGCUCGCCGUCGGCGGCACCGUGGCAGAGCGGCCGCGCAGCGAUCCCUUCACGCACACCCUCGUCGUGCCCGUCGGCGUGCCCGGCUGCGGCAAGACGGUGCUGUCCCUGGCGCUGGCGCACCUCUUUCCCGAUGUGCUGCACCAGCAGGCCGACGACGUGACCGGCAAGAAGGCCGGGCCCGCCUUCAUCCGCGCCAUCGGCAAGGCGCUCGGCAGCAGCACGACCGUCAUCGCCGACCGCAACAAUCACUGCUUCCGGCAUCGCACCGAGCUCGUCGACGAGGCACGCAAGUUUGAGACGCGCGCGCUGCAGAUCGCCGCCGCCAAGGCCAAGAGCAAGCCCGACGCCGAGCAAGCCAAGCCAGCGUCUGCGCCGCGCGUGCGGCUUGUCGCGCUGGCCUAUGCGCUCGAGACGGUACCUCUCAACACGCUGCACCGCGUGUGCUCGCAGCGCAUCCUGGCGCGCGGCCGGAACCACCAGUCGCUGCGCGCCGACGCCAAGGGCGCGUCAGGCACCAAGGAGCACGAGGUGAUCCUGUGGCGCUUCCUCGAGGAGGUGCAGCCGUUUCAGACUGGCGGCAAGGGCGAGGGCACCGAGGGCGCGGCCGACGAGCGCUUCGACGACGUCGUGCGCCUCGACGUGCAGGCCAGCGAAGGGGACAACCUGGCCAAGGCCGUCGACGCGCUCGUGCCGCUGCUCGGCUGCGAGCGGCCGCGCGACGAGGCGCUCGCGGCGGCGCUCGCACAUGCGCACGCAUACAAGGCACCAGUCACGCGCAAGGGCAAGGAUGCAGCGCCCGCGGAAGGCGAGGCCGAGAGCGCCACGACUGUCAAGGGCGCGCGCUACUACGGCCUCACCGUCGAGGUCGACCCGUUCGCCGCCCUGGCGCCCAUCCUGCGCGCCCGCGCCGCCGACUCGCCGGCGCACGCCGAGGCGCGCGACUUUCUGCAGCGCCUCUCGCGCGACGGGCGCAUCAACAAGAGCCCGCACGUCACGCUCGUGCACCACAUGGAGCUGUGCAAGCCGAGCGAGGACGCGCCCGAGGCGCCGCUGCAGCCGACGCCCGAGCAGCAGCACGCGCAGGCCAAGUGGGAGCGCUACGCGGCGCUGUGCGCGCCCGGCGCCGCCGAGGCGCAGUUUGCCAUCCACCUCGACCGCAUCGCCUGGGACGGGCGCGUCAUGACGUUUGGCGUCGGCCACGUCGAGAGCGGCGAGCUGCGCGACUUUGACACGCUGCAGCGCGGGCCGCGCGGCGACGCCGACGGCGCCUGGACGCCGCACGUCACCAUCGGCACGGUUAGCGACGAGGUGCGGCCGUUCGAGGCGAACCGCGUGCUGCGCGACGCCGACGCGGGCGCCGGCGAGGGUGUGCAGCUGCUGCGCCUCGAGAACGCCGAGCUCGUGGCGACGGGCUGGCUGCGCGGCAUGUUCCGCUGAGGCCGCCGCAGUGAUGCUGCGAUGAGGCCAUCGCUGCGAUGGCCCGCCGAGACUCGCCUACCGCAAUGCCGACCCACACGUCACCCACACACGCUUCUGUAGUACAUCAUUUGCUCUGCCCGGCGUGUCAGCAGCAAGCACGGUUGACCUCGGCCGCACCACUCACCACGCUACCGCACAUCGCCCCCUUCCACGCGCCGGUGCUGCGCCGUGGGCUGCAUCUGCUGGAAGCGCUG